AUGGCUCAGCAAUACUCCCAAGGACCUAAUGUCCAGAACCAGGAAUGGCAGAGCAACCUUUGCAACUGCUCGCCCUGCGACUCUUGCAUGCUCAGCACUUUCUGUCCCUGCAUUCUGUUGGGUAAAACUGCCGACCGUAUGAGAGACCCUACAAUGCAAACUGCCGAUACCUGCAACAGCGAUACUCUUAUUUUCACUGCCAUCCAAUGUGUUACCGGCUGUGGCUGGAUUUACUCCAUGAUGAAGCGUGGAGAGAUCCGUGAGCGAUUCGGCAUCAAGGGUAGUGGCAUGAGCGACUGCUGCGUUAGUUACUGGUGUCUUUGCUGCGCUCUCAUCCAGCAAGACAACGAGGUCAAGGCUCGUCUCUCACAUGGCCCUAUCAUGCAGGGCUACCAGGCUCAGAAGGAGGGCAUGCAUAUGCCAACUGCCCAGCCUCAGCAGCAGUACCAGGACCAGAAGCCCAACCCUCAGCAGCAGACUCCUCAACCUGAUUAUCAGCUCCCUCAGCAUCAAAAUCAGCACCAACAAGGAUACCAGUCUCCCCAGCAAGGAUAUCAGUCUCCUCAGCCUCAAGGAUCCUUCCCUCCACCUCAGCAGACUUACAACCCUCACCAGCCUCAGCCCCAGUAUUAA